AUGGCAUCGCCGCCGCCGCUGGGUUUCAACCUACACGGGCUUCUGGAUAAACUUGACAGGGAUGAGCUGACCCAGUUCAAAGUUCUGCUGGGUUCCUUUCCGCUGGAAGAGGCCUUCAAAGGGCGAGAGGUGCCCGAGGAGGAGAUCGACAAAGCCAGCGGGCAGGAGCUGGCCGAGAUUCUCAGCACCAGGUGCCACCACUACUGGAUGGAGAUCGUGGCCAUCCAGAUCCUCGAGAGGCUGAACCGGCUGGACCUGGCUCGGAAAGCCAAGGCGCAAGUCAGAGAUGAAAAUGAGACCACGAUAGAAAAAGAGCUGGAGACGGAAGAACAGAUAGAAGAAGAGGAAGAGAUAGAAGAGCCAGGGUCGGUGGAGAUCGAGGAAGAAGACCUCGUGAGCCUAGACGCGGAAGAGAGUUGGGCGAAAACCAGGCCAGAUCAUGAAGACAAAUAUAAGACCAUCCUGAAAAAGAAGUACCAGCAAAUCUGGAAGAGUCACUUCUGCCCGGGCCUCUCGGAAAACCUCAACGUGGUGCAUCACAAGUACGAGAUGCAGAUCCCCUUCUGCAACCCGCGCUUGCCCACGGGGCCCUUCCCGCACACGGUGGUGCUGUACGGGCCGGCGGGCAGCGGCAAGACCACGCUGGCCAAGAAGCUGGUGCUCGACUGGGCGGAGGACAACCUGGCCAAGCCCUUCAAGUACAGCUUCUACCUGGAGUGCAAGCGGCUGGCCCGGCUGGAGCCGUGCUCGUGCGCCGAGCUGCUGGCGCAGACGUGCCCCGAGCUGGAGGCGGCCGUGCCCGAGCUGCUGGGCCGGGCGCAGGGCAGCCUGCUGCUGGUGCUCGACGGCUACGACGAGCUGCGCUUCGCGCCGGGCGCGCUCAUCCGCGACAUCUGCGGCGACUGGCGGGAGCGCAAGCCCGUGGCCGUGCUGCUGAGCAGUUUGAUGAAGAGGAAGCUGUUCCCGCAGGCCACGCUGCUCAUCACCACGCGCCCCAGGGCGCUGCGCGAGCUGCGGCUCCUGCUGGAGCAGCCGCUGCUGCUGGAGGUGGAGGGCCUCACGGAGGCCGAGCGCAGAGACUACUUCUGCAGGUACUUCCAGGACGAGGAGCGCGCGGCGCAGGCCUUCGACUGCAUGCAGGCCAACGCCGCCCUGUUCAGCAUGGGCAUUGCGCCCAUGGUCUGCUGGAUCGUGUGCACGUGCCUGGAGCGGCAGCUGGCCAAGGGCGAGGACCCCGCGCCCACCAUGCAAACCAUCACGUCACUCUACUUGUACUACCUGUGCAGCAGCUUCACGGAGGAGGCGGCGAACGCCUGCCCCCCUUGGCCCCUCCAGGCCUCCCUGAAGGCCGUGUGUUUGCUGGCCGCCAAGGGCGUGUGGAACCACAUGGCUGUGUUCGACGGCAAUGACCUGGAGGCGCUCAGGCUCCAGGAAUCCGACCUUGACCCCUUCGUGGCCAAGAGCAUCCUUGUGAAGGGCAAGCACGAUGAACGCUGUUACAGCUUCGUCCACCUGAGCGUUCAGGAGCUGCUCACGGCCCUGCUGUACCUCCUGGAGGGCGACCAAGGCGACAACACGCUGAGCGGGGACGUCGGGGGGCUGCACAAGCUGUUCUGCAAGGAGGAGAGACUGCGGAACCCCAGCCUGAACCCCGUGGUCUUCUUCCUGUUUGGCCUCUUGAACGAGAAGAACACCAAGGACGUGGAGGUGGCCUUCGGCUGCCAGCUGUCCCGGAAGGUCAGGCAGGACAUCCUGGGCUGGCAGGUGGACUCUGAAGAGGAGCACACCUUCUCCACAAUGGCCAUGAAAGAGAUCCUGUACUGCCUGUACGAGGCCCAGGCGGAGGAGCUGGCCAAGAAGGCCAUGGCCAGCUUCAACGAGGCGGUGGUGCACAUCAAAAGCGAAACGGACCUCCUCCACGCGGCCUACAGCCUGAAGCACUGUGAGAACUUGGAGCGGAUCUCGCUGCAGGUCGAAAGGGGCCUGUUUCUGGAGAAUGACGAGUCCUCGAAAGCUCAGGACAAGAGGCACAGGCUGGACAAGCGUGCCCUGUCUUUCUGGAGGGAACUUUGCUCUUUAUUUGAGUCAAACAAGAAACUGGAGCUUCUGGAAAUGCAGCCAAGCUACAUCAGUAAAACCUCCGCGAAAAUAUUGGGGAGACAGAUCGCCUCGGGCUCCAGCUGUCAGCUCCGCAAAGUCGUCCUCAACAACAUCUUGCCGUCGGAAGCGUACUGGGUCUUCUGCCUCACCCUCCCUGGAAAAGAGUCCCUGGUGGAGCUGUGCCUGCUGGGUCACCAGGGCCAAGGAAACAUGUAUGGGAUCUGUGACAUUCUGAAGCACCCAGCCUGUCACCUGCAGUGCCUGAAGUACGUGCUCCUGUCUGAGAAGGACAUCAAGCAGCGCUGGUUCAUGACACUUCUCCCUGCCAUGGACACCUGCUCCGCCACCAGCGAGCAGUGGGGUGAGUUGUUCAACACCUUGAAGGUGAACCAGUCCCUCCGAUGCCUAAACCUCACCAACAUCUCCGUCCGCGACGAGGGCGCCAAGCGUUUGUGCAAAGUGCUCAAGUACCCGGCGUGUCCGGUCAGCAAACUGUUCCUGGAGAGCUGCCAGCUCACGCACAUCUGUUGCAAGGACUUCGCCUCCGCUUUGGCUGCCAACCAGAAGCUGACCCACCUGUGCCUGGCAAAACAGAAGAUUAUGGACGACGGCGUGAAGCUGCUGUGCGAAGGCAUAGCUAACCCCAACUGCAAACUGGUGGCUUUGGUGCUGUGGGAGAGCGGGAUAACCGAGAAGGGCUGUCAGCACAUCGCCAGGCUGCUGCCCCUGAAACAGACCCUCACCCACGUGGACCUGGGGAUGAACAGCAUUGGCAUUUAUGGUAUCAGUGCUCUGUGCGAGGCCUUGAAGAACCCGGCGUGCAAGCUCAAAGUGCUCUGGUUGUGGGGCUGCAAUCUCUCGCCUUUCUGCUGCAUGGAACUGGCGUCUGUGCUCGCACAGAACAGGAGCCUCUCUGAUCUGGACCUGGGCUAUAACUCCCUGGGGCAUAGUGGCAUCAAGACGCUGUGUGACACCCUGGAGUUGCCAGAAACCUACUUGCAGAAAAUCAAGUACGUUCCUUCUUGGCUUUGA